AUGUACUGGCUCGCCCUCUUGCAGCCACCCACCAUGCAGCAGGAGCUGGGGCUCCGCUCUCGGUCCACAGACGGAGCCAAAGCUGAGACGUCCUCAGGUGACUUCCACCCCACCAAGGCCUCCAGGACUCACAACGAGCUCCACAAGGAACUGCUUCUGGCUCAUAAAAAGGGUCUGGUGCUGAGCAGCAGGUCAGAACUUCAGCAGGUGCUGGAGAGGAGAAAAAGGGUGCAGAGCAACCAGGAGGAGGAAGGGCUGAGCAAGACGCCCCUGGAGGACAUGCUUCUCAGACGUCAGCAGAAACAACUGGAGAGGGAGAAGGAACAAGAUGAGGCAACACGUAGCGAAGCCCAGUUGAUGGAGUUUUUUAGAGUCCGGCAGAACCUGAGAAAAAUCCACUCGGUUAUCCAGGAGAAGACUGCAAACUCUGCUGCAGAAUAA